AAAGAUCAAAAUCAGGUCAAAAGACGACACACGCAGCAGUCGUCCGUGCACCUCAAACACGGAAAGAGGGAAAUACUGUAAAAAUUCACCCCGAACAUCACGACAGAGACAUUCAACGUUAAACCAACAGCCGGACGACAGGGCGAAUAAUUGAGAUAAUGUCAAGAAGAAGACUCCCCGUCAGAGGUAGGAGUGAAGCAGCAGUUUUUUUGGAUCCUUGCAGAGUAUUCGGUUCUGAGUUUCACUUACUGAGAACUGGACCUGCUUCACUGUUAGCAUGCAAGCUAACUGCGACGUUCAUAUCAGAGCUGACUGUGAAUUUAAGUGACAUAAAACUGUGUGUUUAUUAUUAUUAUUAUUAAUUUACCUUACAGCUGUGGCUCCUGCGCCGAGGGUUCGAGAAAACCCAGGACUUGUGCGCGCACAGGUGAGAAGAAUGAUCGAGAGAACUUUUAAUGUGUCACUGUUGAUGUGGUUUAACAGGUCUGGGCACUGAUGGGAAACAUGUCAACAUUUCCAUAUUUACUAAUGAAAUAUGCUGUCUGAAUAUGAGCUGGCAUUGUUUUGAAUUGUCAGUCACAGCAGCUUAUAUAACACAAAAUUAUCAUCAAUAAUACAUCUGAACUCCUAAAGAUAAAACCCGAGUUGAUAUCAAGUGUCUGUUAAAGCUCCUGAAGUUAGUGGAGAGCAGACAGAGACAUUUACAUCAUAUAAUUCUGAAACUGUGAUUCUGCAGCCUCUCUACAACAGUCCAGAAAGGAAUCUUUAAGGAAAUCGUUAAGAUGAAGCGUAAACGAUGUUGAUGGAUUGAACCAUUUGAAAUCGGUUCUCGAUUCCCAUCCCUUUCAGCCCCUCUAUAAUAGUCGAGACCAGAUCUCUAGAGUCUGAUAUUGUGGUUUUGUACCAGCACCCUGUCCAAAGUAGGGAUGGGAAUUGAUAAGAUUUAAACGAUAUUGAUGCCAUUAUCAAUUCUGCUUAUCGAUUCAAUUCUUUAACGAUUCCCUUAUCAAUGCCUUUCUUUUGGAUUAAAAAAAGUAGACGAUUUCACCGUUGAGUGUCUGAUAACAGAAAAAGAAGUAUGCUACCUUCAGUAAGAGCCAAUGACAAGCAGACUUAUAUCACUGGCUGUCAUGAACAGUUUGAUAAAAAACAAAACCAUUCAAUCACUAUCGUCCAAAAAUAAUUAAACGACAAACUAUUUCGGUCGGUAUUACUUGUUGUACCGUUCGCCAUGUUUAUUUCCUGAAAGUCUCUGUUCUUGUUUGCGUUGACUGGCUCUCGUGAGAUCGUUUUUCAAGGCACUCGGAAGAAAAGAACCGUUAAGAUAGAAUGUAAACAAUGUCGAUGGAUUAAACCAUUUGGAACCGGUUCUCAACAAGAACCGGUUCUCGAUUCCCAUCCCUAGUCCAGUGUGGUCUGGAGGUGACAAGAGGAAUAAAAUAAUCCUUUAAUGCAUGCUCAUAGAAAGAAUAAACCUGGUACUGACUUUAGAUUCUCAUCAACAUCCAUGUCUGAGAAGUAUUUAGUAAAUAAGUAAGUAAAGUUUAUUUAUAGAGCGCUCUUCACCGAUAAAAAUCACGAAGCGCUGUACAUAAGAUAAGUGCAAUUAGAUAAACAUAAAACAGUAUAAAAAAGAUAAGUACAUAUACAUACACAAAUACAAAUACAGUACAGGUGAAUAUGGAAAUAAGUGCAGAUAUAAAAGAUAGGUACAAGAGACAAAAAAGCUUGACUAAAUAAAAGAGUCUUCAACUCCUUUCAUUGAGUCGAUCAAACGGACGGAGAGGGGCAGAUCGUUUUGGAGUCUGGGGGCUACCGUCUUAAAAGCUCGGUCUCCUGAAGUUUUAACAAACUCGGGGAGAGUCAAGAUUGUGUGAACUUUUCACUACUCCAGAAUCUGAAUGAUAUCAAGUUCUACAAACAUAACAUGUAAACAAGCAUAUUAAGUGAUUUAUUUUCCUUUUCUUUUCAGGAAACUAUAAUGGAUUACAUGGUCAGAGCCUCCUUUCUUGAUAGCAUAUCUCAAGGAUUUUUUGGUGAGGAGUUUUUCUAAACUUACUGUUAGAUUUCAAUGACACUGUGGAGGACAAAGAGCAGCACAAACAUUUGCUUUGAACUGGUACAAAUGUCAUAUGUCUGAUAUGUCUUAUAAAGCUUUGUGGCAGAGAACAUUGUCAGGUCUUGAGGAUUGUCCUGUUGGAUAAAGAGUUCAGGAUGUGUCAGAUCAGAGUCUGACUGAAGUGCAGUAGAAGAACAUGACUCUUACAGUCAUGUAGUUUACAUGCUCCUGUUAGUAAUUAUACUUUCAUUGCUCUGGGUCAACAUUGGUUCAGAGGUACUGUAUGUGUUUAUACACGAUUUAGUUUUAUUAUCAGAGGUCAACAUCAGGAAAUGAGUCAUGUUUAGAGACCAGUUAAAGGGCCUGGGCGAGGCUCUAUCCUUCUACAUCUACCAGUUUCUGUCGACUUAUGUGACAUCUGUGAUGCAGCUCUAUACGCCUGUUAUUUAUAACUUUGUCUAUUCCUUUGGGAAGUCUUGGAUUAAAGCUAAAAGUGGAAACUUUUAGUGUUUGUAAUCGUUGGCGCCCCCCUGUGGACAAACUAAUCUUUGCUUAUUUUGUCUUUUACCAACCUCAUUGCUCACUCAGGUUUCAACUUUUUAAGAAGCUUUCAUGGAGACCCUGAUGAAGACUACAUUUAUUCUGAUUCUGAUUCUGAUGAUGACUAUUAUGACGACCACUUCAGUUCUCCGUUUGAUUCUCAAAGACCUUUAGAGCCACAUCCACGAAUAAGACAACUCACAGAGGAGGUAUGACACUGCACUCUUAUUUAUCUGGAAGGGAAACCUAACGUAUCCACCCAUUUUUACUGUAUUGGUUUAUUACAGGUUAUAAAAGCCUGAGGGACGCAUGUAUUUUGAAGAAACCUCUAAAUAAUCAGAAAACAUGAGGAAUUGUUCAUCUUUAAAAUGGAAAUUGUUUCAGACUCGUGUUUUUUUUCUCUCUCUCUCUUUUCUGACCUUCUUUAAGGAUCAUAAAAUGACUCCAGAGUUCAUAGGUUGUUUUUGUGUCUACAGGAGGCUGACAAACAUGCAAAAGAAUUGAUCGCAGAAGAGGAACGGCAGAAGGGAAGGACGGAGAGAAACAAGCGGAAGAAAUUGGUGAGUGUUGGCAUUAUUUUUUUAGGAUGUUGUAUAUGUCAUAGAAAUUUUGAAACGCUGCUCUGACAAAGAGGAACUCGACCAAAAUCUGCCCUGUAUUGCCUCCAAGUAAAGCAGAGUUUAUUAAUGUCUCUGUUCAUCUGCUGUUCAUGCUGUGGUGUAAAUAGUCAGGCACUGGUUCUCUCUAUCAAACCACAACACUGCUUACAGUGUGCAUAAAACUUCUCCACACAGGAAAUCGCUCAAAUAAUAGUUUCGAGUAUUGUGGAUGCAGAAUUUGAUGCUACAAACCUUUAACAUGUCCAAUAAGCUGAGCAAAGGCUGUGAUUAGUAGUUUUAGUCGUAUAAAUACAGUUGAUUUCCACAUGAGAGGGGUGUGCCAAACCAGAAAAAGGACAUGUCAUGACAAAGUCCCGAAAAGGAAGGAAAGGCGAAUGGCACAGACCUCAAAUCUCUUUGUUUUUUCUCCCUGUGCUCACUGGGACACAGACCGACAGUCUCUGUUUUAGUGCUGUUAUCAGCGCCGACAGGAGAUUCAAUCACCACUGAAGUCAAAAGUUUGAUAACGUAAUGUAGCUAUGUUAUAAAAUCAAGUACCAACAUGACCGCAGACUUUUAGUUUCGAGUGAUUCUCUUGAUAAAUCAGCUGACACUUCCUAACAGAUUCUAGGGCAUGUUUGGUUCCUGUGUGGAGGUGUGAUUCAUCGAAGGGCUGGGCUCUCAGUCCGAGAGAAGAGAUGUUUGACUCACAGGGAGCUAUUAAGUAAAAAAACGAGCUUCAUUUUCGUUGUUGGCAUCACCCACACUUACAUGAAUUUUAAUGUUGAGAGUCUGAUAAUUCAGUGUAAACAUGUUUUCUUACACCCUAUAAUUGCUUUACACGAAGGUAGAAUUUCUCCACAAACCAGCAGAACUUGAUGAACACCAAUCACGUGAUGUAAACGGUAACGCUGGUGGUGAAAGCUCUUGAAUUUUUCCUCACCUGAUCUUAGAGUAGAAAUUUUGCAGAGGGGCUGACAGGAACCAGGCCCUCAAAGACAAAAGGAAACGAUCACAGACUUCUGCAGAUCCAGAAUACUCUGAUCAGGACAGAGAGAUUCAGAAGAUCUUUUGUACCCGCAUCCAUCUUCUUUAAAUUCAUUAAGUUCUUGUUUUAUAUCGUACAGUAGUGAAAUUUGAGGGUUGCUUUUCCCACUCAUGGUGCAUUUUUCUUCUUUCCUGCAGCGUAAAAAAGAAAAGAAGCGAUUGGAAAAGGAGAACGCAGCUAAAAGCAUUAUACCUGUAAGUCUUACAAUCUUUUUUUUCCAAAUAUAAAAUCUUUCUGAAGCAAAACUGAUUCAUCAAACUUUCAUUUCAGGAAGAAGAAGAACAACAAAAAUCAGAGUCAUCAGAAAUUCAAGGCCAGAGUUCAACAAUUGAAAGUUCAGCAGUAGAAAAUGAUCCUCCUGAAAUGAGCGAAACAAAAACUGAGCCGGAGGAGGAGGCGGAAGCAAGAUGUGAGGAGAGCAGAGAGGAUAAUAAAGAAGAACGGCUUUUGGAAAUUGAUAAGAAAGAAGAAGAAGAAAAGGAAGAAGAAGAAGAAGAAAGGGAACAAAAGGUGAGUAGAGAGUUUUACAUUUUCGUUUUAUUGUUGUUGAGAUAAUUUGUCAAUAAGACAAUUAUUUAAGGAACAUUUCCAAGAUUAAAUUUCAUGGAGAACAAAAAACAAAUAUUUCCUCUGUUACUCCAGCGAUUGAAAAGAUAAUUUGUUUGGUUUUUCUUGAUCACAGUUUUUUUUUUACAGUUACUAGAUAUUGUUUUAAUUAACAUCCCUAAUUCAGACAUGUUGAAAUCCUUUAUGAACUCUGAGGGAAACUUGUAUCAGUGUCUGUUGGAACUUUGGAGUUUUACUGUGUUUUUAAAGAAAGAAGAGUUUAUUCCUCACCAUUACUCGUGUUUCCUUUGUGUUUGAUUUCCCUCAACAGGAUUCAGAUAAUUCAGCCCCCUGUACAGAUGAAACAACCCCUGAGGAGGAACCUCCGCAGAGGCCUGAAGAAGAACAUGAAAAAAUGAAACCGCCAGAAGUUGAAGAAUCCAAGGAGGUGAAGCCAGAAGUUAAAGAGAAACCUGAAGUUCAAAAGAGAAUUGAGGAGAAACAAAAGCCCAUUAAAGAGGUGGGAAACUUCACUCUUUUAGGAUGUAAUCUUAUCUAAAAACACCAGAUCAGUCUUUAGCUUUUGUGUCCUGAUUUAUUUACCAGUAUCCUGUUGUUUUUCUGUAAUUUGCAUCACUGGGUUUCACGAAUGCGUGUCGUUUCCUUAUCUAAGAUAGGAUAAGAUGUUCCUUUGAUAGUCCCACAGGGGGCAAUUCCACAUCUAUCUGAUAUGCUAAUGUCUUUCAAACAGCCAACAAUUGAUCCCGCCGCUGAAGACUUUGCGAGAAAAAGCAGGGAGCUGGCCGGUGAGUCACAUUUUUAAUUGAAACAUAAACAGAACAAACGUGACGCAGACUCUCACCGUCCAUGUUCUUCCUCUCAGGUAACGGAAACCGAUUGGCUGCCGCCGGACAGUACGAGAUGGCCGUGAAAUACUUCACUGACGCCAUAAAAUAUAACCCCAAGGAAUUUAAGUAAGAGCUUUGACGCUUCAUUGAAGGCCCUUGUCACAUUGUCCUUGAGUUACUGAUGUUUGCUCUGUGUGUUUCAGAUUAUUUGGAAACCGGUCGCUCUGUUAUGAGAGGCUGCAGCAGUAUGAAAACGCUCUCAGAGAUGCUGACCUAGCACUCACCAUGGAGCCAAACUGGAUUAGAGGUUUAUUUAGAAAAGGGAAAGCUCUCUGUGGACUCAAGGUAAAUCACACCUCCUGUUUCUGAUUAAGUCUUUCUGCAAAUAUCUUGAAAACUGUUGAAAAAAACUGCAGUACAACCAGACAUUUGUCAUUUUUUCAUCCCUGUGAUUCUCCCUUUACUCCUCCAGAGAUACUACGAGGCCUCGCUGAUCUAUCAAGACGUCCUGAAGCUGGAACAGUCGAGUGACGCCAUGCAGGAGCUGAAACGAGCGCAGACAUUACACCUUAUGGUAGGAGAAGCUUUCAGUGUUUGUUUUAAUCAAGUUUCCCUGAGUUUAAUCUUAAUGGAGCCUCUUUUCUCUUUUCAGGAAAUGGGAUUCACCUGGGCGCAGAGCUCUGAGGCCCUGAAGACACACUCCACCUUAGAGGAAGCUGUGGAAGCGCUGUUUGGUGGAGACAGUAGUCCAAGACCUGCAGGUGAAUAUGAGGAAGAAGAUGUUGAGUCCCUUCAUUGAUGCUCUGGUGGUUGAUACAUACUCCUUUUUUUCUCUCUCUAGCUGCCACUGCCAGCUGGACAAUUACAAAGCAACCAUCGCUGCAGAAAGACAACGACGACGAAGGCGAGUGGAUUGUCCAACAAUCGAGCCGCCCCAGAACGCAGCAGGUCAAAGAAACCGAAGCUCUUGACCAAAUCAGAUCAAAAUCUCAGUCACCAACGCCACAUUCAAGGAGUCCUGUGAAACCGUGAGUUCGACACAGUUCAUUACUGUUUAAUUUUGCACGACUCACAGAUGAGCGUAUGAAUGUUUCUGAGAUGAUUUGAUUAUGUUUUUCUGGAGUGGAACAGGAUUUUAAUUGUUUUAUCUCACCUGCGGUGCCUGCAGGGCUCUUUUUUCUGUUUGGGUGGGAUCCUUGGCCCCGGCUAUAACAUACGCAACACUCCACGAGGUCUUCAGCAGGUGAAGCAUCACAAAACCGAUCCUCUUUGUGUCUUUUGAGCCUUUCUUUUUCAUAUUCUCUGGAAACAGGCUGUACAGAGAAACCAGAAAACAUAUUCUAGUUUUUGAGGAUGUUUCAGAAUAUAUUUCAAAUAUUUCAAAGUUUUCCAUGUAGAUGUUUGUAAAGAUUUAAACUUAUUUACUCACUCUUUUGUUUUUUUCCAGAGUGGGGACGGUGUACAGCAUUAAGAUGCUGCUGGAGCAACAGUGUGCCUUCAUCAACUACACCAAAAAGGAGGACUGUGACAGAGCAGUGCAGUGUAUUAAUGUACGUAUCUGAUUAUUGUUUUCACACAGUUAGGAGGGACUCAGCUGAUGUUUUACAGAAAUAGUAUUUUAAGUAAAACAGCCAUGGAACAGUGAAGAUACAGUUUUUUAAACUGUAGGUACUGCUCAACAAAAGGAGUCUGGGACAUAAAGCAAAGUCUCAAAAGUCGACCGAUCAAAAAAACUGCAUGUGAUUGUAAAGUUCCGGUGACAGCAGCAUGGAUGAUUGUCGGGUCUUGCAGUGUUUGUUGAUUUGGCUGCAGUAUCCUUAAUUAAAGUCUUGAAUGAGUUUGACCCCAUAAUGAACUUUAAUAUAUGUGUUUCCCUCUGAUGUUGCAAAAAGGCAACAAUUAAUAUUCCCAGGGUUAUUAUUCCUGUGAGAAGUCAAAUGUUCACAUCUGGAAAUAUUUCAGGUGGUUGUUUUGAAAGUUUGAGAUUAUUUGUAGUGACUGCUGCUCUUUUACUUGGUAAAGAUCUUCAUGUUUUAAAUUCAUAAUGUUGGGUCUAAAACCUGCAACAUUUACCUGAUAAUAUAUAUAAAGAAGAGAAAGACAAUGGUAUAUACUCGAGGAGAAUGGACCGAGAUAGCUUCAGGUACCAUCUCGAAACCACUCUGAAAGGUAUUUCCGCCCAGUCUCUUUUAUUUAGGGUUGUCCCUGGUCACACAAUGUUUCUAAAAGGGUGGGGGUAAAUGUGCUGCAAAGUAAGCAUUUAAUAAUGAACAACUUGUGAAUAUGUGAAGGUCAAGGCGGCAUCUAACGAGCUCCUUCUGAUAAGCAUGUCCUCCCCUUAUGUCCUUCCCACGAUUCAUAGUGGAGGAUACAUCACACACACCUGCUGAUAGGAGAAACGAGUUCACAGAGAAGUUAAGAAACAUUCAUGUGCUGUGUAAUUAAGCUAUUGGAGAGAGAAGUUAGAAAAUACUCUUAUAUGAUGUAUAAAAAGAGGUCAAAGGAGUUUAUACUUGUAGUAUAAACUCUUACAUAAGAAUAUGAGGAAUAAUGAUAACUUCUAUAUACAUUUAUGCACAUUAUUCUAACACAUAAUUUUUUUUGUCAACAUACAAAAUCAGCUCUGACAUAAAUCCAGUCUGUCAGUUUAGAUAUAAUGAUACAGGCUUUUCUGGAGAAGUGCUUGAAUUUCUCUCUUAAAAAGAUGAAGUCAGAUUCUGGUCGAAGUUUUCUGACAUUUAUACACAACAUAAUUCAUCGGCUUCUUGGCCAAAUAACUCAGAUGUACCAACAAAUGAAAGUCGUUUGUCUAAUAAAUGUAUAAAACAGAACUAUAAAAGCCGUAGACUUCGUUGAUUUGGACUAAGUAAUAACACUUAACAGUUAAAUAGUGAAGCAGGUUUUGAGAUUCAUUAAGUAUAUUGGAAAUAUUUGUUCUGAAAAGACUGUGACAGUUUAUCAGGAGAGUUUUGUAUUUAAGGAGUGUUGAUCUGAGGAUGUUUGUCAGACGUUAAAGAGUUUGUUUCAUCCACAGGGGAUGCUUGUAGAGGGCGCGCCGCUGUCUGUGAAACAUCCUGGUAAAUUCAACACCGGACUCGGGUAAGAAUGAACAGUUUGAACACAUUUGAUCUGACGGAGAUGGAAAUAUUAUGCAAAAUCUAGCGGUGAGAUUCUCGACUAAAAUGUUCAAUCGCUGGAGCAUCUCUUAGGUAUCCUGUCUAAUAAAGGCAAAAAUGGCAGUGCAAAAUGGCAGCGUCUGUGAAGGGUACCUGCUCAUAUGAAGAUACAAAAGGAUAAGUUUAAUUGAAGAGGAACAGUGUUGUUUUUUGGUGAUUAUGCACUAUUUAAACAAACUAAUGAAUCAUAUAUUCCAUUUCCACCAAGCCUGUUCGGAUAAAUGCGCUAAACACCACACACUGCACGUUUUAAGAUCAACUGUGUUUAAUAUCAGAUAUCAGGAUUCUUCCCCCUUUUUCCCUGAAAUUAGUUUAUUUAUCUAUUUAUUUUUGUCGUGAUUGUAGCACGUACAAGAAAGAAUGCUUCUUCUGGAGGACAUCCGGAUGCACAAGACAAGACUGCACCUUCAGACACGUCCCAGAAAACAAGAGCAUCGACAGGGAGAAAUUUACCAGCAGGCUGGGGAAUUUUCACAUCUAACAACAAAGAAAGUGUUUCCUUCAAACUUUGACAAACUUUUAGCUGAACUGGGCUGAGAUUCGACGCCGUAGUUUAGUCUUCCCCCGUUCUUGUUCACAAAAAAUCCCCUCACUUCUGUUUGGAUUUGUUUGAUGCGGAUGAAUGUUUUAUGUUUGCACUUGGAUGGUCCUAACACUUGGACAACUACAAACUAUAUUUAAAAGCUGUAUUAUGCAGAUAACAACUUAAAAUCAAGCUUUUGCGUUGUUUUACAGUGUAAUCUGUCAGGGAGUGAUCCCCUGGUUUUUACUGCCUUGCUUUGCUCCGUUUUAAAAUUAGUCAAGUGUUCAUGUUCUUAUUCACCACUAGAUGGCGCCAUCGCCUUUUAUCCCCAACACUUUGGGGCUGAAAUUGUGUUUUUUUUUGGCUGUAAUUAUUGAGCAGUAUUGUGACCAACUUUUUUAACGUGUCAUGUUUUAUUUUGAAGCUGUGCUCUGUCGUCUGUCGGAGUUUCUGACCAGUUGGCAUGUCUGUGUUUGUGAAGAUUGUUCGGACGAAGUUGUCCUUAAAGAAGUGCCUUUUUGUUGCACUGUGACCGCAGUUUCCUGAGGUCUGUCUUGACGGACUUAAAGUCUUAACCAGUUGAGUUCAUGUUGUGCCAUAAUACAUUCAGAACCAAAGACAGUGUGUCUGUCAAAGUUUGUCAGUACUUUUUCGAUAUUUUUCCAAUCAAGAACCUCCUCAUCAAUGCAAUAUUAAGAAGAAGCAUCAUGUUGUACAUACUGAAAAGUUUAAUGCAACUGCAGGUGUACUUCUCACCCCCCGUAAGAACACAUUUUGGGAUGGUAUCAGACUAAUAAAACAUUUUCUUCCUGAU